GAGUGAAAUUCAGGUUUCCAGUGAAGUUUGAACCCGCUGGUUUGGUUUCGAGUCGGCGGCAAUGUGACAAAGUGUCUGUUUAGAUUUAGAUUUGAACUUCUUGUGAGGCAGAGCAGCCAGUAUCUAAGAUUUCUGGAGUUUGACUUUUAAUCGAAGACGACUUGAAGGAAUUCUCAGGAAGUUUUCUUGACUAAACAGCAGUCAGGAAGUGAUCAGGAAGUGGCGUUCAGCAGUCAGUCAAAGGCAGUCGCCACCAGCAGGGACCGAGUGAACCGACUGUUUCAUCUGCCGGGUUCAUCAAGUCACCGGUGCUUUUAUUUUUUGAUCUUUUCAGUGACCCUGAAGUUUUCAUUUUCAUUCUGGGACGCAGCCACGUUCGGAGUUCCCUGCUCUCGUCCUCUUCUUAUUUGCUGUUUCUCUGUGUGAUUUCCGAAGUUAACGGAGGAACAGACGGUAUUAGCAGAUAUUGAUGAAGCACUUGGCACUGUUUUCCAUCCUGAUUCGUCCGACCUCACUGUCUGCAGAGGAGUGGGCGACGGCACGAUGGACGGAGCGGACAGAAGAUGGAUAUAUAUCUUUUUAUUUUUAUAAUUUCAGAAACUGCUUUGGAUGCUUUUGGAAGAGCGAGAUCCCACUUAUUUCUUUUGGAGAUUUACUAUCUUUUUAACUGUCGCUUUCUCCCACUUUUUCCUCAUCUCAUCCGUAUCAUGGAAUAAUUCUGUUGUACAUUUGGAAUAGUGAAUCGGCAUAUGCUCUCUGCAAUUUGGAAUUUAAUCGUGUCUCUGCCAUGUGGAUUAGCCCUUUAAAAUAUUCUGGAUUAAAACCCGGAAAUACCUGGAAAAUAUGCAUGUCUGCAUCUUUCUCUGGGGUUUCCCUGCAGAUAGGCACCAAUUCAGUGGAUGAACAAGGAAACCGGAUUCCAGAUGAGUUCGACAGAGACCCUCCAGUUGUCCAACAGUUGAAAAGAACCUUCAAAUACUUCAAGGACUACAGACAGAUGAUCAUCGAGCCGACGAGCCCGAAGCUGCUGCCGGACCCUCUGAAGGAGCCGUACUACCAGCCUCCCUACACUCUGGUGCUGGAGCUCACCGACGUCCUGCUGCACCCGGAGUGGUCGUUGUCGACAGGUUGGCGUUUUAAGAAACGUCCGGGCAUCGACUACCUGUUCCAGCAGCUCGCACCGCUCUACGAGAUCGUCAUCUUCACUGCAGAGACAGGCAUGACGGCGUAUCCUCUGAUUGACAGCAUCGACCCUCAGGGUUUCGUCAUGUAUCGUCUCUUCAGAGAUGCAACACACUACAUGGAGGGGCAUCAUGUUAAGGAUGUGUCAUGUCUGAACCGGGACACCAGUAAGGUGAUCGUGGUGGACUGUAAGCGGGAGGCGUUCAGCCUGCAGCCCUUCAACGGCAUGGCUCUGAAGAAAUGGGACGGAAACUCGGAGGACCGAACGCUCUACGACCUCGCCAACUUCCUCAAGACCAUCGCUCUGAGUGGAGUGGAGGACGUGCGUUCAGUGUUGGAGAACUACGCCCUGGAGGACGACCCCAUCGAGGCCUUCAAACGCAGACAGGCUCAGCUGGCACUGGAGGAGGAGCAGCGUCUGGCCGAGCUGUCCCAGCAGAAGAAACAGGGGCUCUCUCUCGGCUCCAUCGCCUCGCGGUUCUGGCGCUCCAAACAGCAGUGAGCCCCGCCCCCUCUCACACUUCCACCAAUCGCAGCCCGUCUGUCCAUCUGCGUCGAGGUGAGGGGCCAGAGGAGGAGGGGGGGAGGGAGGGAGACCUGCGUACUGUAGCUGAGCGGUCGCUGCCGUCACAAGCAACCAAUCAUGUCUCAGUGGGCGGGUCUCCGGUGCUGGAACACUGGCCGGCCUCUGCACCAAUGAGAGAGGCACUUCCUGGUUUUCGGGAGGCGGGGCUUCAGCGGCCCCCUCCCUGGGUCAUCUUGGUGUCACCUGAUGCGUAUCAAGCUGCUGAUUGGUUAAAAAAAAAAAACAGGAGAGGAUCCAGGUCAGGUUGAACUCUUGUUGUUGGCGGUUGGAGGUUGAUCUGAGAUCAGCUGUUAUCGCCACACCAGCUAUGGUCGGCCCCGCCGCUCACAGGAUCUGACUUGAGAUCAGCAGUGCUCUGUCCUGUACCACACCUUCAGAAUGUGUAUUUUAUUUUAUUUUCUAUUCCUCUGUGUGUCUCAGACUGUGCUGAUGGGCUGCUGGAGACGAUGUGUCGUUUGUAAAAAAUUAAAAUAAACAAUAAAUAGUAUUCUUAAGAGUGUAUUCAACAUGUCCGAGCGUCCGGCGGUGGUGGUGGCGUGGACGUGCAGUCGCCUUGGCUUGUGGCCGUAAUGAAGACUGUCAGCUGAGCCCAGUGGUGGAGAGGAAAGGAAGAAUUAAAGCUGACAUCCAAUCCACACAUUACACAUUAAAGUCUGGUGUUAUUCUGCAUUUUUCUUAUUGUCAACAAAUCCUAAAAAGAGCCAAACCAACAACACGUCGGUCCGUCUCUCAAUACUUUCUGACUUACAAUAUUUACUGUUCAUACAUGCUAUUUGCAUCGGAGGCCUCUGUUUAUUCUUCUUGUGAAGUUUUAAAUCCAGCUUACUUUUCCUUUCCUCUCCCUGGGAGAAAACAACCAUCCAAAAAGAGCGAGUAAAGAGAGGACGUUUGAGCGCAGAGGCCAUGACGACGGUCUUCGCGGCUCAGCUGCCGCUCUUUUUCAUGUGCUUGUUGAAGAUUUGUGACUCGUGUUGAUGUGAACUCCCCAUCGACAUCCUCAAUAAAGGACACAAACCAACGUGUUGUGUAGAUUUCAUUGUCAUUGAACACACAGCUACCUGCUGAGUGGAGUACAUUCAGCGUUUUUUGACUGAAAGUUUGUUCCUUCUGUCGAAGUAUAAAACAGUCAUAAAACUGGCAUUUUGAUUUCCACUCUUGUUAUAUAAAUCAUUUUAUUGCUUUUAUUGCUGUCAAGUUACCUCAGUCUUUCCUUCACUGUUUACGAGCAGUGAAUUUCCCCCUUUAAAACUGAAUUUCCACUCGUUUAGGAUGGCUCUCAAAAACGACCGGAUUUUAAAAUAUUCUUUCGCUCUAAGCUGUUCUGUACAGGACACUCUACGUCCAAAUGUCAAAUAAUGUUCAAUAAAUAACCACUUUAAUGGCUGAAUGACCAA